AUGCGGCAGUUUCACCGCCGUUUCAUUCGACAUUUUCGUUGGAUCUUCGCAUUCCGCCAUCAGAGCUGCCAUGGACGCACGAGGAGCCGGUGACGACUGGGACUUCAUGGCGCGACCUGCCGAGUGCGUGGACGAUGAUCACAAUGACGCCAUACCUUCGCUGGUAUUGGGUAAAGCAAUGUCUACCCCAUCGUCACCUCAAACGACCGUCGCCGCCCUCGACGACAAUGUGUUCUUACAUGCAUCAAUGCAGCUCGUUCAGCAACAAAGCGAGACACGCCAACGGGUGCGCAACCUUUGGUACCUCAUCCAACGGCUUCGGUGGGACGGCCACCUGGACACGACUGCGAUGGACAUCCUUCGCAACGACUUGCUACAAGUGAUCAAAGGCCUGUCCAUGGAAAAGCAAGAUGGCACCAGGAUUUGCAAGUCCGGCGAACUCGUUCACCAUAUGUCGUCGUCGGGGUGUCGGCAGAAAGUGUGGGCCGUGCUACAUCACGACCACGGCCGGUUGGACCUCACGACGGUCCCAGACACUCCCCCGUCGUCUUCUUCGCAGCCUUCGGAUCCGUUCGGGUUGUCCAAGCUAUCGGCGUCCCUGGCUUGGAUUCUCGAUGGCGGCAACGGCGACGCGGCGUCGGGUGCCCCAUCUCAAGCUACCAAGUCCGUGUCCGUGCUUGGCGCUACCGUGCGCAGUGUGGUCACAUCGUCGUCCUCGCAACUGGUGGAGAUCGCGGUGCCGCCUUCGGCUGGGUCGCCGGCGUCGUUGGUCUUUCUCGAGGCUCCGUCAGAAGCAAUGCAUCUAGAAUGGAUCGACGCCUUGACGUCUGUGGCGCGCAGCGACCUCUUGGCCAUGCAAGUGGCGGUGGGCGGGGCCGCGUCCGCCGACAUGUACAAGGCAGCGGUGGCGGCGUGGAGCCCCAUUCGUGUACCUCUGACGUGGCAGCGUGGGGUCGUCGAGAAGCAGGAAAAGCAAGCCGGCCUCAACCGCCGCGACAGCAAGAACCUGUCCAUGCUACAAGUAUUCAAAGACAUUGCCCGGGACAAGUACGUGGUCGACGGGGUGCCCGUCGCGACGUCCGACGACGUUGUGCGGGCUCUCAUGGCCAAGGUCCUGCCGUUUCUCCUCCAACUCGAGCUGCCCCUAUCUCCGUCCGUGCAGCGAUCGUCGUCGUCAUCCCCCGUCGCCCGCCUCACCCGCAGCAGCGAAGCCACGGCGCUGUCGUUUGUGGAGCGGGUGUUGCGAGGGAGCGCCCGUACCCAGAGCGGCGGGGACAUCUACGACGCCAUCGCCCUCGUCUGCGCCAACCCCGCCCUCGUCACACUUUGCCCAGUGUCACAUGACGUCCUCCCCGUGACUCUUACAGUCGAUACAGUCGCCCACCCACUGCAGCAGCUCCAUGUGCACAUGCAAGUGUGCAUGCAGUUCAAGGCCAUGCCGCACUUUCACUGCGUGACGAGCCCUGUCACGUCCCCCCGAGCGGCGUUGUCGUCGUCCACUCCCGUGUCCCCUAGAGAGUUGUUGACAAGUCCGCGGGCAGAGCCGGGGGGCGACUGCGCGGUGCUCACGGGUACCCUCACCCGCACAUUUACCUUUGGCGCCGCGGCGGACCCAGGACAUGUGGCCAUCGUCACGGUCUCGGCCUAAUGCAACAAUAAACAAUACCUGGACGAUUUCAAAC